AUGGCAAUAGCAACAACAGAACUUAAACAAUCUAUUAAUUUCUUCCGACAAGCUUCGCGUGCCAGUGUACAUGGUCGAUCAUCUCUGGCUGCGAUUUCACAUGGGAAGCUACAGAAAGAGUCCUUCUCUCCUACCCCCGAUCUCCGUCGCUGUCUGGGCCACCACGGUGUCUUCCGCAAGUGUGUACAAGCCGCUCAAGAAGCUGCAAGCCAGCCUGCCCAUGCAUCCUGUGGUGUAAACAGUAGCAAAGCUAUUGCUAUUCCGGGCAACGCAACAAAGCAUAGACCCGCGCCUCCUCCUAUCCGAUCUCAGAUUACCCAAGCCAUCAAGGCAAUGACCCAACGCCGACAUGUCAGUGCAUUUAUCAAGCCUGAGAACGAUCUGAUCCGGAUACCAGACUCGCCCCGGAAGAGAAACAUGGUCGAUAGUUUACAGUGCAGAGUCAAAUUACUCUUAAACCGAAGAUCCUCGCCGAAAGAGCGAUAUAUGUGGCGCAAUGCUGCGGGCUGA